AUGCCUCCCGGACCGCCAACAUCACCAGUCCCCAGCCCCCCACAUUCGUCCACACUGACGGUGGAUUUGGUUCCAGAUUUCUCGGACGAUGUGGUUUCUUACAAUCCAACUGCAAACCCAAGCACGGAGAAACGUUUACCGAAUUUGACUGCUGCGCUUUGCACACGGCUUCGUCGUCGUAGAAAUGCGAUUUGUGCUCAUUCAACCUUAGGUCAGGGACUGAAGGAUUUCUUCGCAUCUUAUGUGAUGUCCCAUUUAACAGACUCCAUGACCUCUUCGCUCAAUCUAGAUUCGAACACUGAGGUUGGCACUUUGGAUACUGCCAGCGGGUCUACAGGAUGUUCGCAUUUGACACUCCGAUCUCGUUUGUCAUGCAGUCCACCAACUCUUUCCCCGUUUUCCAAUAAUACUGAGACAUCGAUGGAAUGA